AUGCUUCCAGCUCAGCGAAACAAGAUUGACAUCUCGUCGCUGAACGAAGAAGAGCAGAAGCUUUUCCGUCUUUACGGCAAGCUUCCCAAGAAGGACCUGCUUCAGAACAAGCUCAAGGAGCGCAAGUACUUUGACUCGGGCGAUUAUGCCCUCUCGAAAGCUGGAAAGGCACCACAGCAGUCGGUCGGUACCGCCAUUCCCAACCCAGAGAUGAUUCCGCACGCUUCGACCGUCACUUCGCCGGGCGUGAAUGCCGUUUCGCCCCCUGGCUCAUUGCCUGGUCAACCAGGCGCUCCUCAGUCCCUACCCGUCAACGUUCCUGGCGCUGCAAGCCUCACAUCGCGUCCACAGGUGAGCGCAUUCCCCAUCAGUGGAGCCGGCUCGAGUCCUGGCAAGGAGGCGAGUUCGCUCGGUCGAGAAGAGCACGUCGUUAAUGCCGACGAUGCCAUGCAGGACUGA